AUUGCUAAUAAUCUCGUAUCAGUAUUUAGAUUAUACACUCUAUUUAAAAUUAUUAUUAUUGCUCAUUGUUGAUCGUGUGUCUCUUGAGUACACAUCAUUUUUGAGUACCUAAUGCGUCCUAGUGCACUAUAAUAAUUAAUAGUGUAGUUCGUUAGUGGUUCGAUAUUUCUGAGUACAACCAGACCCAUACCAAACACAUGAUGUAUGAUAUGUAUGUAAAAGCGGUUUCUUUUUCUGCCGGUUGUGCGUCCACGGCAAUGAUGUUGACACCUCUGUAAGUAGACAAUGUAUUAUAAUCGGACUAUAAAAAAAUGUUCGUAUAAUUGGACACAAUUACUGUGCUAUCAACUGCACGUUCUCAUAUUCACGACUGUCACGGUCUCGUCACGUGGUGAUUUCCCUAUUGUUGAUAGUAUUAUCGCAGGAUAUACAAAAGAUUUCAUCCAUUCUGUUAUAGUAUUACCGGGUCUUUCCUAUUAUUUUAUACGAUUUUUAAUACCGUAAAUGUUGUGUCUAUUGGGUUAAGAUAUACUUUGUAUCUUAUUUUAUCUUAAAUCAAGAUUAAUAAAGAAUAAAGGUUUCCCCACGGUCACGUAAAUUCCCUGCAGAAUCAUGACCAGUGACGUCACCGACCGCCUCGCCGGCGGUGUCCCGUAUAAGUACGGUAUGUGCGUUAGCCGUUACCCGCAGUUACGGUCGUCUAUUAUGAAAACUACUUGGAAAAUCAAAAAACCGACUUGCAGCAUGAGAUACUAAUUCCAAAAUGCACAAAAAAACGUCUUGUCGUUUUUCUAUACAAGCAAUAUUACUGGUAGAAAACGUUCUUAAAUAUUUAAAAUAACGAGAUCGUCGAUACAUCAUACGUUUUUCCCGAUUAAUAGUAAUUAUUUUGAAUAUCGCUUUGAAAAUCAAAUAAAAAUACCAUUUAGAAAAAGUGGUAGACUUAAACAUCGAAGUAAGUUUUCUAGGAGAAAAAGUGCUCGUGAAAGAAAAAAAGAGCUGAUACUAAUAGGAAGGGUGUAGCCACUGUUGUAGAUAAGAAAUUGGGAAAGUAGGGUACUUAUAUAAAGUUAUUUAAUUUCUAUCUAUAUGCAAAGAAAACCCAUUGCUAACGAAAAACGAUUCGGAGUUCGGUUAGACAUAUUUUGAAAUGCCGAAAUUUUUAUGAUUUUCGUAAAAAUUUGAUUUUAUUACGCCUAUAACAAAAAAACUAACGCAUUAAACUCAAAUUUGUUUUUUAGAUGACUAAGAACAACUUAAAAUGUACCGUGUGUUAAAUUUUUAAGCAUUUCCCAUACAAUAUUAAUAACAUAAUUGCCUAAAAAUAAUUAAAAUGGUUUGAAAAUUUUACCACGUCUACAAAAAAACCAAUAUAAUUAUUUUAUGAAAACUACAGGUAUCUACAAUCAUUUUAAAAUCUAAUAAAACAAAUAACACAAAUGCCGUACACUUUGCCGUGUUUAUUACGUAUCUUUCGAAAUUAUUAGAAAAACUAUGUAGCUACCAAAAAUCAAACGACGACUUUCUUACUCACUAACUAGUCAAAUUUUUCUUUCAGAAAAUAUAAUUUUUUUUAAAAUUUGAAUAAAGAUUUUAGAAAGAUUUAAAAAUGAAAUCGUUAAUUAAAUAAACUGUAUUUUUGUUUUUCUCAAUUACUAUGAAAAUUGUUUUUAGUAUCAAAAAAUGACAUCGGCUUCUCUGCCAGUUAAAUUUAAUAGGUACUUGCAUAUGAAUAACUAUGCAAAAUAAAAACGUGUAUUUUAUUCAGGCUAUUAUGAAACGUGCUUAUUUUUAAUCAGAUUUAGGAAAACGGCAUUCAAUAAAAUUAUGUAUCAACCUAAAAAUCCAUGCCCUAAUCAUAUAAUCGGAAAAAUAAAUGUUUUUACGUAAAUUACUGUGUUAAAAUAGGUUAGUGUGCAAGGAUAUUGUGAAGAAAAAAUCAUCAGACCAUGUAAAUCUAUCUACAUUUGUUGGAGCACUUUUCAGGCAAGUAAAAUUAGAAUUUUAUUAAUCAGAUUAUAAAAGGCGAAAACAAUUUUGUGAACAGUAUUUUUGACAAAAAUUAUUUAGGCUGGAAAUAUUAGCAGACUGUAAAAAAAAAAAAUUUCAAUUUCUACACUCAGAUUUUCAAUGAUAGCCAAUAAUAAUAAUAAUACACAGUUUUUUAACCUGCGUAAAAAAUAUUUACAAUUAAUUUUAUUAGCAUGUGUUGCAUAAAAAGCUGAAAUAAUAGUAAGUUACUGCACGAUUGGGAAAUGUUUUUCAGUUUAUUUAUUCGAUAAUUGGAAGAAAUUUGAGCAACUGUAAUUGAUGUUGAAGUGAUCGCAUAUAUUUCAUACUAGAGGUUUAAUUAUUUAAUAAUAUUAAUAUUUAUUAGCAGUCAUAAAAAAAAAAAGGAUAGUAAAAUGAACAAGUCGAUUACUAAUAGUUUUGGCUUAAAAACGGUAGGUUGUAAUAUUUUCGUAUAAAACAGCACUUUUUAUUUUAAAAUUUUAAAACUCACCUUCAAUUCUUACUUAUUAGUAUGUACGUAAUUUUUUUAAUUUUCAGAAGUUCAUUAUUUUGUCGUCAAGGGUUUCUCUUAAAUUUACCUACUGUAAUGUUUGUCCACGGGAUGGGACUAUUUAUUAACACACUUUAUUUAUCACUCUAUUGGUAUUACUCAAAUAAAAAAGUAAUUAUGCAUUUUUAUUAAUUUAAUUUUUUAUAUUAGCUUUUAUUUAAUAGGUAAUAGUUUGUUUUUUUUUUUUUUUUUACAGAAUGAUGUAAUAGCAAAAGUAUUUAAAACCGCGUUAAUGAGUAUAGUUUUUCUGUCUUAUUCAUUUAUAGAAUCAAAAGAUGUAGUUGUAACACGUUUCCCAAUUAUUGUAUCAGUCAUACACUUAUCACUAAUUGGAUGGCCAUUACUAUCUGUUGUAAGUAAAUUGUAUUAUAUAUAUAUAUAAAAUGUUAAUAUGAAUUUUAUAUAAUGGAUCAAUUAAAAUUAUAAAUUAAUUAAUAAUUAACAUGAAAAUAAAUAAUAAAUAAAUCAAAAUGAGUCUUUUGGUUUUACAGAGAGAAACUAUUAAAACGAAAAAAUGGUCAGGACAUCCAAAACCAAUCUUGAUAAAUACUAUAGUUCUUUGUAUUUUAUGGCUUUUGUACAGUAUUAAUGUACAGAAUCCUAUUAUUUUUGUGAGUUAAGUUUGAAAUUAAAUUUAUCUAUGAUUUAUAAUAAAUUUAUUUAAAUGUUUCAGACCCAAUGUUCUGUGGCACUCUUAUUAAGUUUGGCACAAUUAGGAUUAUUGAUAAUUUAUCCAACAGAAAAUAUGCCAAUCAGUAAAUCGGAAAAAGAUGAAUAAUUAUUGUAACUUUUUUUUUUUUUACAAUUUUUUUGUUGUAAUUUUUAAAAAUUUGUUAAAAUAAAAAAAAUUGCCUUUGAACAAUAAUAACUAUUAAGUGACUUUGAUUUUGUCUAACAUGUAUAAUUUAAACAACUUAGGUAGACAAAAAAAAAAAAAAAUACAUAUAUUACUAAUUAUAAUUAUUGUGGAAAUCCAGUUCUUUAAAUGUCUUUCAACUUAUAUAAAAGGGCAAAGGUAAAUACAAAUUGAAAGGCUAUAGUACUAUGAACAACAAUAGGCUUAUUGAUGUAACCCUUUUAUAAAAAGAGCUGGAAACAUUCUGAGAACUAAGAGUUCAUAACGAACAUACAAUUAAAUACUUAAGCAUUGAAUGAAGCUAAGAAAUUGUUGACAACAGUUUUUAAUUUAGCGUCGGUUUCAUCUGUAAUUUUUCCUUCCUUUGCAAUACUUUCUAAUAAUGGUUUCUCAGAGGUCCUAAAAUAAAAACCAAGGUUAGUAAUUCGAUAAAGAAGUAUUCUAAAAUUUUAAAAUAAUACAUACUUAAUGUGUUGUAAGAAUUCUUUUUCAAAAGUAGUGAUUUUGGAUGGUUCCAUUUUGUCAAGGAAUCCCCGGACACCACAGUAGACAACAGCAACUUGUUCUUCAAUAGCCAUUGGCACUGGAAUAUAAAAUGGUUUAGAAUU